GCUUAUUUAAUCGGUUAUUUGCAGGAUUUCCAUGCUUUAAAUAUCUUUCGAUAAAUACAUAAUCGUACUAUCUCACGAGUAUAGCAAAUAUUUGCUUUGGUCAACACACUAACCAUGUUUUUCUUCGUGUGUGGGAAGCCCUUCUGCGCGGCCGCUCGGCUUCAUUGAAUAAUUAUCUCGAGUUUACCUGUUCUCGACUGUUGGCGGGCCCUUCGAUGUGACUGUGACCCAAAAACCAGUUUCUCCGCCAAACUCCCAACUCGUUUGGCGCUCAGGAAAGGCGAAAAGCGCCUGCGCAGCGCGCUCAAAGUUGAAAAAGUGAAGCCAUGUGGAAAUGUGUUAAGUGCCAAACACCCAAAACAUUUCAGUUUGAGUAGCCAAAGAACCGUAACCCCAUGGCCAUGGGCCAUAUAAUUGGUUAAUGCGAGCGAAACCCCCCUGCUUAAAUGGCUUUUUAAUUAUGCCCAAGAAUGCGGUACAUCAUCAGCCAUGAUGAUCUACGUUUUCUACCUGCAUUUUGGACGCUGCCUAUGCAUCUCGUUGGUCCAUUUGCAUCGUCACUUUUGGCCAGUCAUAAAGUUCCCACGGCUCGCGGUGAGCCUGACCUACGUUGUAACGCUUCAAUUAGCCAACAUCUGCUGCCGUGGCCGAGAAAAACCCAGUUUCCCCGUGCUCGAGUGCCAAAUAUUUCCCUUGCAGACCGCCGUGCGAGAGGAAAACUCCGCCACUGGAAGGCGUGGAAAGCACUGCGACUGCGCGAAAAUCUGCAAAAAGAGAAAUUCCUGCCGAGAGACGCCCUCAAUAUGCUGGCCACUCUCCUUGGCUCUCUGAGCACCACCAUCCAAUUCGGAACCACCCACUCGCAACCACCCACUUUUGCCACCCAACGACUUUGCCCAAAUGUUUCGUUUUCGCUGAAUUUCACUUGGUUCACAGGCCACUCUGCCGAAUCCUUCGCAGGACCUCCUUCUGGUGCACUAGCACACACACACACACAUACACACACACAGCGAAGUACCUACUACUAUACAUAUAUGUUGAUUUUGGCACUCUGAUUUAUGCAUUAUAUUAGCGUUGAUUUUUAGCUGCAAUAAAUCUGCACAUAAUCGGGGGCUACAUGCUAUAAAGCCAUGCAUGCCAUCCCGUCCGUAAUCAUAAUUCACCCGGCCCGUUAAUAGGUCCUUCCCCCCUCCCCCUCUUCUCUCGACGAAGUCACUAAUUUCUGACUUCAGACAGGUGAACGCCUCGCAAAGUGGCUCGUUCGUCUAAGAGUCGACGCCCCACGGCUGUCAAGUGCGAUUCCCUGAAUGCUCGAGUGCGUCGAAGAGCCAUAUGGUGGGCUCGAAGUCAGGUGGACUACCUGGAAUCGAACAGCUGUCACAAGACAGUCAACUAAUUGCCAAUUUCAUAAUCGCCCAAAUCUCGAUUUGUUUCAGCUCAAAGGUGCUGAUCCAGGUGCUGUUGCCAACUAUUAAUGACCGCACGUAGUGAGUGUGUCCAGUUCUCUAGAGAAACAGGCGCACGUGUUAUGGGUGAAAAUAUGCUUUUCACAAACAUUGAGAAAAAUGAGUUAGUUUCAAAACUAGAUUAUUGCUGCUUGUGUUCGUUGCAAAGAGUUUCGUAGUUUCAAUCAGGCUGCCGAGGCAAAGCACAUUGAAGUUUUAUAAAACAAGCCAUAUUAUAUACUAUAUAUGAUAUUCUAAACUUUAUUUCCAAUUAGAGCAUACAUUCCAAUUUCCAUAUAAAAAAAGCGAUUAAACAGGCUUAUCAUGCUUGCUUUAAGGUAGCAACCCUAAUCACCUUCUGGUAGUAAAAGUCGAAAUUCAUUUUGUACACAUCUACAGACCAGGCGAUUAGGAAAUUGGUAUCAACAUGAAACUACGUCCUGUUCCUUGUGGCCUCUUUCUCGAUGUGCAUAGCCAAGGACACAGAAAUAUUGUCUCUUAAUCCGGAUCCCCAGUGGCUGCUGGGCUGCCCCAUAAUUUGCCCGGCUCGUGUCGCUGCAAGGUGUUCAUGUGGCCAUAAAAACAAUAAAAUAUUUAACACAAAUUUUAACUUAAUGCUCGGCUCGUAAAAAUGUAUGAGUGUAAAAAUGCUUACCUAUGGCCUUGCAGGGGGGCGGCGGAUUGUAGAGGUGGGCGCGUCCAUACCAAUGCCGCCUCAUUAAACCAGAAAUUACACAAAGGAUAACGCGCAGCUUGACGGCGAUGGCCGCAAAGUGCUUGUGUUUGUAUUUGUCUCUUCUGUCUGUGUGUGUGUCUCUGUGUGGGUGUGUGUGAGCCACCCACACCGAUCACCCUUUUUGUCCUGCUUUUGGCCUACGGCGGUCAUACAAAUAAAAAAUUAUCGCCCAAGUCCAGGACGAGCAAGUCCUGCGUUGCCAUUAUAUUUUAUUUUCACAAUUUUUCGUCACUUCUGAUGCUGGCUUUGGCUUUACUUUCUGUAUUUGCCAGCUACCAUAUUCCUGGCCCGAUUUAGGCCCUGCAAAAGACCUAUACACCUUAAGAAAUAUCAUAUAUGUUAUGUAUAUAUCUGAUGAAUAAUUAACCAUAGAAUAGGCAAGCAAAAAUCGAAGGACAUUGUGUUCCAAACAAGUGUACGCAUUCCCGGUCCAUCCUGCCUCAUCAUUGUCUUUUGACGCUGCGAGCGUUUAUCGUUCGUCCGGGGGAGUGGGUGUGUAUCCUCGUCUUCCUGUUCGAGCUCCGGAUGCUUCCUGCUUACUUCUCUUAUGUGUAUUUUUUACCGACGCUGAUUUUUAUUCCUCUGCAGGAUGUGAUAUUUCAUUCAGGGCCGCUAACAGAGCAGCUAAAUGCUCUCCCCCCACGUCCACUGUCCCAUGGAUAUGGGGCAGAUAAUAAUUUCUCAUCUUUAUGAUGUUUUCACGCUCUGCUGUGCCCUGCUUAAGUCAAGAAACCAGCGAUUGUUGCUGCUGAAGGCAAAAGGAAAAAAAAAUGAAAUACAAAAAAAGAAGAGGAACAGCGGGCGAAUGGAAGAGCAUCUUUCGCUUUUCACUUUCUCGGUCCCAUUCCCUCAUCUGCACAAUCGAAUUGGGAAUGCCCGGAAGCAGUGUGACCAUAAUUGCGAGCCCGACUAGACGAAGACAUUGUUUUCCGUGGAGUCGGCGGAGGAGGGAUACUCGAUGACGAAGAUGUCGUCUUUGGCGGAGUGAAUGAUAUCCCUCGUCCGGUGGCUUCCUCCACCAAACUUGUUUGCUGCCCCCCUGCUCGUCAUCGUCCUUUUGUUCGGCGGGUGUAGUGGGUCAGCGGAGCUGGCUGGAUGUAAUAAUGAAAUUUAUGUCUGCAUAACGCUGAUUUAUGUACGCUAAUGAGCUUUUUAAUUAGUUAAUGCACGUGCGGGCCGCGGCGGGUGGUAAUUUAAAAAAUUAAUUAUGAAAAACUAGCCCUGCCAAAUAAGCCAUUUUGCGCAUGCUGCCCUGGAUAAAACGAAAUCCUUGACAUUAAUACACCUUUGCUUAGUCAGUCUGGAAUAUAUUUUGCUAAUUUCGCAAAAGCUAGCCUUCUACGACUGAACAUGUUGGAGGACUUUGCAACAGACGAUUUGAAGAUCGAUAAAGACUAUAGCCAUGCCAAUCAGAGGAGCGAGGAUCGCCGAAGACAGGAGGCACAUUAUUUCAAACUUUAUGGCCGCAUCGAGAUACACGAAUGGCUGUUGAAGGACUCGGUGCAAAUGAAAGCCUAUCGCGAGGCUAUUCAGGACAACGAGUUCUUUAGGCACAAGAUCGUGCUGGAUGUGGGCUGCGGCAUGGGCGUCCUUUCGGUGUUUGCAGCCAAGGCGGCUGCCAAAAAGGUCCUGGCCGUAGAUGCGGCCACCAUUUCGGACUAUGCCCAACAGGUAGCCCAGGAUAAUGGAUUCGGCAAUGUUAUAACGGUGAUCCGCGGAAAAGUGGAGGACAUUGAACUGCCCGAUGACAUCGACAAGGUGGAUGUUAUAGUGUGCGACUGGAUGGGCCACUGCCUGUUUUCUGGCAAUAUGCUGGAGUCGGUGCUAUUUGCGCGGGACAAGUGGCUGUCCGCCGAGGGCCACAUCUAUCCGGAUACGGCGCAGCUUUAUCUGGCGGCCAUCAAGGGACGGGACCAGGAUCUUGGUUACUGGCACGAUGUGCACGGCUUCGACCUGUCGGCCAUCCGGCGCAGAUGCGAGUCCAAGGCGGUGGUGGAGCACGUGACCGGUGACCAGCUGAUGAGCCGGGUGUGCCUGGUCAAAUCGCUGGAUCUGUACACCGAGCGCCGGCAAUCCGCCAAGUUUCGUUCGCUAUUCGAGCUGAAGGUCAUGCGAAAUGGCUGGGUUCACGCCCUGGUGGCCUACUUCGAUGUCGGAUUCAGCAAGAGCACCCAAAGGAUCAGCUUCAGCACAUCGCCCUGUGCACCGUGGACACACUGGAACCAAACGGUCUUCUACCUGGAGACGCCACUGCCAGUUAGGGCAGGUGAGUACAUCAAGGGCGUGUUCACCAUGAAGGCCAGCGAGGAGAGCAUCUUCGACAUGGAGUUCGACAUCUAUGUGGACUUCGAUGGCAGGGAGAAGUCGGUUACCAUCCAUCAGUCCUUUGUGCUCUCCAAUCCCCUCACGCUGUGUUGAGCCUUGCACCAAAAGUGGAACACAAAAUAUCGUCGGAUCACGAUAAAAUGAACGACCGGUUAAAUAAAGCAAAAGCCAGCCACA